CGGCAGGGGGGCGGGCGGCGGGCGGGAGGCGGCUCCGAUAAAGGGCCGGGAGGCAGGCGGCGCGGGCAGAGUGGAGCGGCAGCGAUGGGGAUGCUCAGCCUGCCGGGCUUCCUCUCUUGCGGGAAGAAGAAGAAGGACUUCAGUUUGUCAAACGAAAAAGAUGCCCACGCCAGUGACAGUGAUGAGAACUUGGAACGUGGCAACUGGUCGAACAAAGCUGACUACCUGCUCUCCAUGGUGGGCUAUGCUGUGGGCCUGGGCAACGUCUGGCGUUUUCCCUAUCUCACCUACCAGAACGGUGGAGGUGCUUUUCUAAUCCCAUAUACACUGAUGUUGGCAUUAGCUGGCUUGCCUUUAUUUUUCAUGGAAUGUUCCCUGGGGCAGUUUGCCAGUCUAGGGCCAAUUUCUGUCUGGAGAAUAUUACCAUUGUUUCAAGGUGUGGGCAUCACGAUGGUCAUCAUCUCAACGUUUGUGGCGAUCUACUAUAAUGUUAUCAUCGCUUAUGCACUCUACUACUUAUUUGCCUCAUUUCAAAAAGUGCUACCAUGGUCAGAUUGCUUUUCAUGGGCAGAUGAGUUCUGCAGCAAAACACGCCUAAUAAGUGACUGCAAUGCAACCUUAAAUGGAGAAAUCAUUCAUGCAAACUACUCAUUCAUCACAAGCAACAAUCUCACAUGUAUCAAUGACACCAUAAACUAUAAACCAGUGCAAUUUCCCAGUGAGCAGUACUGGAAUAAAGUGGCUCUUCAGCGCUCAAGUGGGCUGGACGAGACUGGUAACAUCGUGUGGUACCUGGCCCUCUGCCUCCUCCUGUCUUGGAUGAUUGUUGGAGCUGCACUGUUUAAAGGAAUAAAAUCUUCUGGAAAGGUUGUCUACUUUACUGCACUCUUCCCCUAUGUCAUCCUGCUCAUCUUACUGGUACGAGGUGCCACCCUGGAAGGUGCUCUGGAUGGCAUUGAAUACUACAUUGGGAAACAGUCCAACAUCACCAAGCUGAUGGAGGCAGAGGUUUGGAAAGAUGCAGCCACUCAGAUAUUCUACUCCUUGUCUGUGGCAUGGGGUGGGCUUGUUGCUUUGUCUUCGUACAAUAAGUUCCACAACAACUGCUACUCGGAUGCUAUUUUUGUUUGUGUAACAAACUGCCUCACCAGUGUGUUUGCUGGGUUUGCAAUUUUCUCCGUCUUGGGACAUAUGGCAUUUGUGUUGGACAGACCUGUCUCAGAGGUUGUAGAUUCAGGUUUUGAUCUGGCAUUUGUAGCCUACCCAGAGGCUCUCUCCAAGUUACCAGUUUCUCCUCUUUGGUCCUUUUUAUUUUUCUUCAUGCUUCUGCUCUUGGGCCUUGACUCUCAAUUUGCUACCAUAGAAACACUUACAACCACCAUACAAGAUAUAUAUCCCCAAAUGAUGAAAAAAUUGAGAAUCCCUAUAACCCUGGGUGUGUGCAUAUUGCUCUUCUUUCUUGGUCUUAUCUGUGUUACUCAGGCAGGAAUUUACUGGGUUAACUUAAUAGAUCAUUUCUGUGCUGGAUGGGGAAUACUUAUUGCUGCUGUCCUGGAGAUAAUAGGCAUCAUCUACAUUUACGGAGGAAACAGAUUUAUCGAAGACAUUGAGAUGAUGAUUGGAAAGAAGAGCUGUUUCUUUUGGCUGUGGUGGAGAAUGUGCUGGUUUUUCCUUACUCCUGUGCUGUUAGUGGCAAUUUUGGUUUGGUCUUUGGUCACGUUUUCAACUCCCACUUACGGCUCAGUGUUAUAUCCAGCCUGGGGUACUGCUGUUGGCUGGUGUAUGAUUAUCUUCUGUGUAAUCUGGAUUCCCAUUGUCGCUGUCGUAAAACUAUUUAAAGCUGAAGGAAACAUUUGUCAGCGUAUUGUGAGCUGCUGCAGGCCCACUGCAAACUGGGGUCCCUAUCUGGAAUGUCACCGAGGUGAAAGAUACAGCCAUGUUGUAAAUCCUAAAAAGGAAAAGGAACAUGAGAUUCCUACUGUGUCUGGCUUCACAUACUUUCGUGAAUGAGAUGGCCAUUUGGAUGACAAAUUUUUAUCAUAAAUGUGUUUUUUUCUUUAACCAUUAGAAAGUGACAAUGCAAAACAACAACAAAAUCAACCGUCUGCCCUUCAAAGUUCAACCCUCAGAUGAAAGCAAGCCAUACUAUUUAUUUUUAGAGAUGUAUGUUUGAGGAGGAACACACCUCCCCAAACAAUUUGGUUGAGAGGGCAGAAAAAUGCUCUGCAGCCUCCCCAGGCUGAUGGACUGGGCAUGCUUAACCGCAUCCAACCAGUAUCCAGCUGGACUGUGCAUACUGGUGUGGAGGAGAAGAAAAACACAUUCUGGUGCUCCCCAGCCAUGUGAAAUUUAAGACGAGGUGCUGUGCUUGCAUGCACCUGUGUGCUACAGGCAGUGUGCAGUUGCUACGUUCUGCUGGGCUUUGCCCUCCAUAGUGCUCCACGGUUGGAGGUGAGCUGCAGGGGUGUGCUGCUGCUUGGCUCUGUAGCUUAGGGAAUACGAAUAGUUUUUCUCUAAACCUUACUCAAUGCUGUGAGGCUGCUCAGGAUUUGGUAUUUUCUACAGUGUGUGUUCACUUCAUCUAUGCAUCUUAAUGCUGAGUGGCAAAAAAACUUUCAUCACUGGAAAUAAGGCUAUGACAUGGUGAAAAGCAGGCUUCUUCGUCAUUAUUUUCCCUGUGCUCUACAAAUAGUCAUCUUUUUUAUGUCAUGCUUCAUUCCCAGCAUUCAUCUGUCUAUAAUUCAAAAAUUCUUUGUUUCCAACAAUCUGUAACUAGGCUCUGCAGACAGAAACAGUAACUUUUGAUUUCUGCUGUCUGCUCUCUCUACACUCAUCAAGGCUUUUUUUUAUUGUUCUCUGCAUAUUUCAUUCAGGCUGUGUUUUUUCCUUGCAAAGGAGACCAGAGUGCUUUUAAAAGGUUUGGACAGUGUUAUUAGUCUUCUGGUAGAGCCAAGAGAAGAAGAACUUUACCCCAAGUGAAGGUUAGAACUGCCUUGUAAUACCAGUAGUCCAAAAUUUGCUGAAAUCAUGAGAUUAUUGAAAAGUUAGGCUCUCUUAACCUAACCGCCCAGUUCCUAGGUAGUAGUGUAAGUCUGUGCUCCCAAAUACAAGUGAACUCCCAAUAAAGGGAAGAAAAGAUGUAUGGAAUGAAUGCAUACAUUUUGUGUGCUGAGGAAAGUCUCUCUCACUGUGAUAAUAGUUCCUUGGGAACAAUGCAACAGGGUUUCUAGCUGUCCCUUCCUCUCAGGGCUUUGUCACUGUUUCUGGACAUUGAAGGAGUGUGGAUAAUGGCUUGAUGCCCUAGCUGCAUACCUUGCUGUAUGUUUUAUAUUGAUAUUUUUGUGACAAAUCAACACUGUAUUGCAAAUAAAAUGCAAUUUUCUGUUUUUAA